AUGGCUCUUCUCGCUUGUUUUGUUAGCUAUGUAAACCACAGAAGACCAGAGAAUGAGACACAAAUCUCAGAAUUCCUCCUCCUGGGAUUUUUAGAGGACCCAGAACUGCAGCCCUUCAUUUUUGGGCUUUUCCUCUCCAUGUUCCUGCUCACUGUGCUGGGGAACCUGCUCAUCAUCCUGGUCACCAUCUCAGACUCCUACCUGCACACACCCAUGUACUUCUUCCUCUCCAACCUGUCCUUUGUGGACAUCUGCUUCACCUCCACCACCAUCCCAAAGAUGCUGGUGAACAUCCAGACUCAGAGCAAAGCCAUUACUUAUGCAGGUUGCAUCACACAGAUGCAGUUUUUCAUACUCUUUUCAGUGUUGGACAUUUUUCUGCUGACCAUAAUGGCCUAUGACCGGUUUGUGGCCAUCUGUCACCCCCUGCACUACGUGGUCAUCAUGAAGCCCCAGUUCUGUGGUUUGCUGGUUCUGGUGUCCUGGAUCAUUAACAUUCUGCAUUCUUGGCUGCAAAGCAUAAUGGUGUUGCACCUGUCUUUCUGCACAGAUUUGGAAAUCCCCCACUUUUUCUGUGAACUCAAUCACCUGGUCCACCUUGCCUGCUCUGACACCUCUGUCAGUGAGGUGGUGAUAUACACCUCAGCUCUGCUGCUAGGAUGUGGCCCUCUCAUUUGCAUCCUUUACUCCUACUUCAAGAUAGUGUCUUCCAUCUGUGCAAUCUCAUCAGCACAGGGCAGGUACAAAGCCUUCUCCACCUGUGCAUCUCACCUCUCUGUGGUCUCCUUAUUUUAUUGCACGAGCCUAGGUGUGUACCUCAGUUCAGCUGUGACCCAAAAUUCACGCUCUACUGCAACAGCCUCUGUGAUGUACAGCGUGGUCACCCCCAUGCUGAACCCGUUCAUCUACAGUCUGAGGAAUAAGGACAUCAAGAGUGCUCUGAGGAGACUCAGUGAGAGAGAAACUAUGAAAGCAUCAGUUGUGCUGAGACUGAAGAUGUGCCUGUGA